AUGGCGUUCGCGCAGGGAGAGACUUUACCGUCUUGGUGUCAUGAGUUUGCUGCUGAGGACGAAAUUGAACGGUUGGUCACCGAUGGUCCAUCAAGGCGGUUCUUCAUUAAGCUCGCAUUUGUCCUUUCCCCCGAGCACAGGCAGGAGUGCAUAGACCUGGGUAUAGCGGUGAACACUGAGGACUGCUUCCUAGCGUCAAUUGGCCGCUCCCAUGACUUCCUGCUACAGCUGGUCACUCGAGUCGCACCUAUCACUGACGACAUCGGCGCUGAGCUCUGGAGUACAUUCUUUCGCCGAAUGGGCGUGGGCUUCUGGGCUCAGUCUCUCACCCUGCUACGGUCUACUGUACUCAACUUGCUAUUGAAGAACUCCCUUGCUAAGUACCGGAAGACCAAGGAGCUGUCGGUCAUUGAGGACGAGAGUGCACUGUGGUUGGCCUUACUGGGCCGGCAAAACGUCCUGGCGUCCCUGUACAAGCAACAUGGGCAGCUCACUAGCAACCCUAGGACCCUAAAUAUUGCCAAGUUCCUGGCCAUGGACUUCACUGUACCCGAAAAUAAGCGUAUCGGGUCUAAGAACGCCUUCGAGUUGAUCCGGCAAAAACGGCAUUCAAUGGCAGCAGCCAUUUUCCUGCUUAUUGGUGAUGUCCGGUCGGCUGCCAAUGUGGCCAUACGGUACCUUGAGGAUGUCCAGUUGGCCAUUCUGUUCUGUAGAAGCAGCGCCAACGAUGACGGUGUGAUGGUCGAGGACAACUUGAAUGGGGUAUUCGCUGGGAAGCACUUCGAUGAUUGGGUGGAGCUCUGGAGGCUCUGGUCUUUGCAUGACUAUAGUGAGCUCGCUAGAAGCUUGGCAUCUGUGGCGUCUAAAGACCUUUCGGUCACUGCUUCCGGUAUGGUAGAACGUGAAUCGGAGUUGGGCGUCCUGCCCACACCGGCCUACCUCAGUACGUGUUCUACGAAGGAUAUCUUUGAAUAUCUUCGUAGUGCGGUACCUGCCUUUGGAGCUGUGGCUGCAGAGUUUGUUGUGGAAGAUACUCCAACGACUGUUAUAGCCACUCGCCUGCUAGGCCGAGGCUUGGUCGCGCUGUUGCCACCUGUGGUCGAGGAAUCUCCUCUUACUAGCGCCAUUCACUGGGCCCGUAGAGCUUCUAUUAUGUUUGAUGACAACCUCACCCCUCGGAGGGUCUCGGAGAUGCCGUCCUGCAUACCGGGUAAGGCCUUGCCCCCGCCUUUGGGGAGCGAUCUCCAGAGCUACUGGAUACGCCGUGUCCGAGGUGCCCUGCUGGACCCAAGACUCAACCCCAUGCCUCCAGCACCAGAACUGUGGUCGAUACUAUCGAGACUGAUCCAGACCUCGCGAGAAGGCACGCUCUUGCCCAGCUGGGCAGCAGAGCUCACGUCGAUGGUCUUGGCUGGCAUUGGGGACUGGUCUACCAGCAUACCUGAGAUCCAGGAAGCUGCCGCGGCGGUGGUCUUGAGUGAAUUCGAAAGGCUCCUGCUGGAGCACGAGGCAGCUGCUGCUGACGGUGUUGAUGGGAAAAAGGAGGCCGAUAACGCUCGCCUGAGCCUUGCUGAGCAUUACACUGGCGUCUUGUUUGAGCUACUGCAGCCGGGGUGUUCACCACAGGUGGCCGUGGAGGCUGAGGCGCCGCCCCUUACUUGCCUCGCCGAAUCAACAACUCCUCGCGCUAUGCGGCUGCGGUGCCUUGUGGUUUGCUCACUCGUUUUGGAACGAGUUCUGAACCCACCGAAGAGCUUUAAUAAGUUGACCGUCUACGAACGGCAGUAUCAACUGUUGGUCAGAUGGCACUUGAAAUCGCAUAUCUACGGCGCUAUGAUGGAGCCAGAUGCUGUGCAGGCCGGCCAGGCCGAUGCGCCCAACAGCGAGCAUCCCUUAGAGACCAUCUUGGGAGCACCGAGGCGUCUCAGGCUGCUACAGAGUACCAAUCCAGUGUAUCGCAGAGCUCCCGAGCAAGAGAGCGAGCACUUGCCGAAGUCACUAGCUUUGACGGGCAUCGCGAGUCAGGUCGGAUGGCAUUCGGUCACAGGGCUGUGCUUGGACCGAUCUCCUGGGGCCUCACUGCGACUAGCAGUGUCGGCUGGUCACGAGGUCGGCUUUGUGAAGGUUAUCGAUCUACCCCAACUUAUACGGUCCUCUGUUGGUUGUUGUGAUGGUAUGUCCCCUGAGGAAUACUUCCGGGCCGACUUGCACUGGCGCAUGGACCUCGAACGAUCAGUGCUGAACUCCAACACCAAUCUGCCAGCUGGUACCAAGAUAGUCCCAAGUGAAAGAACUCCCCUGAGCACAGGGGCUGCCGAGUCCUCACCGACUAAGUCUCUGGGCUGUGGUUUAUCCCUCCAGCCCGACUGCCGACUUUAUGCUAGCGACGUUAUGUUACUCUCGUUGGGUAUCAGUUGGGCGAACGGCGACCACGGCACGCGUGUGUUCGAGCGCUAUAAUAACGCGCCUGCCUCUGGUCGAGCGUCGGUAAGCAGCUCCCUCACAGCGCACCCUACAGCUGGUGUUUUCGCGUCCGCAGCUAGUAACAACGUUAGGGUGUACUCCUUCGGGUGCCCGGCCUUGGACGAGCCUGCUCAGGAGCUAUGCAUCUACGAGAUGCCACAGCGUCUUGCCUUGCGCGAUUCUCUUCGGCUCGCAUCCUGGUCGGAAAACGGCGAAGUGCUUGCAGCUAUCAGCAAGAUGGGGUGCAUGGCGAUAUGGUCCACCCGACGGCCUGGCAAGCCGAUCCUAUCCUUCAACACGCCUUACAUUCGAGGGAACGAUGUGAAGGCGUUGACGCCCUCUGGCUCUAUUAUGCUCAUAUGUGGGCGAGAGACUGCGGACGGUUCUGGUGGUGCUGCCAUGAUCGAUUGUCGAAGUCCAGAGUUGGUGGUCCAGAAGUGGGAUGCCGGGCCUGGCCGGGAGUAUACCUCCAUCUCUGGGUUGUCCACUACUCACGAGCUGCAGCUUGGUACUUGUGAUGGACGAGUUGUGAAUGUUGAUACUCGAGCUGGUGGUAAGAAUAAGACGGUUAUGCUCUACACUGGCGGUAAUGAGCGAAGCCCUGCUAUCUACAGUCUACUCCAGUACGGUCCCAAUCAAGAUGGAAUUGUGGCGGUCACACACGGCAGUGCCGUUGGAGUCCUCCCACCAGGGAAGGACGGAGGCUCGUUCGACGCCGGAUACGUCAUGCAUAAGGGUGGUAUGAAGUCGUCCGUCCAAGCUGCCUUCAGCAAGAUCGGCCCUAAGCUGGUUGCUGCCGCUGAUGCCCAUGGAACUGUGGCUAUCACUGCUGGGGCCUCUGAUGAACAAAUAUUAUUACACAGACUGCCUUGA